ACGCCCGGAGCCCGCCCCAGACCCCCUGCCUUGGCGCCCCGGAGCCCCCACCUCCGGAGCCCCGGCGCGACGGCCCCGCAACCUCGCAGCAGCUGAUGGCGCCGCAGCCGGGCCGGGCGCUGCAGAAGCCAGGGCGCAGCUAGCGCGGGGGCAGCGCGCCUGCCAGCAGCUAGCCCGGCCUGCACCCGGGCCCCGCCGGCGGUCGCUGCCUGGUCCCGAAGGUGGGGCCCAGGCCUGGUUGCCAUGGACACCGUGUCCCUGGAGCACCAGAUCCAGAGCGCACAACGCCACAUCAGCUUCCUGAAGAAGGAGCAGAUGGCCCUGCUGCGGGACCUGCACCUGGAGAUCCUGAGGCUGCAGAAACGCUGCUCAGAACUGACCCACGACCUGGAGAUGAGAGAAGCGCAAUCCCACCAGCAAGAGGAGGCGUCCCGGGAGCUGGAGAGCAAGUGCCGGGCCCUGGAAUCGCAGCUGGAGGCGCGGGCAGCAGCCAACGCCGAGCUGCGGCGGGAGGUGGCCCAGCGCGAGGCCCUGGUGUCGGCGCUGCGCUGCAGCCUGCGCGCCGAGGAGCGCCGCUUCCUAGAGGAGCUGCGGCGCCGCAGCCACCGCGCCACCGUGCUGGGUACCGAGCUGCAGAAGCACACCGAGGCGGCCGCCUACCUCUCCUGCCAGCUGCACGCCGCGCGCCAGAGACUGCAGGCCCCGCGCGCGGGCCCCGCCGCCGUCAGCGCCGCCUCGGCCGGGGCCGCGGAGCCCCGACCCCGCCGGCGCGCGCAGCGAGCCCGUCGCCUGCCCACCGACGCCGCCGUCGCCAAGGGCUCCAGCCGGGACUGGGCCACCUGGGACCGCGAGGCCGGUGCCCUGGACGACGCCGAGCCCAUGCCCGACCCCGCGGUCUUCCUCUACGCCCGGAGGCCCCCGCGGCCCAGCGGCCGCAGCCCGCGCCAGCCGCCUCCCCGGGAGCCCUCGGACCAAGCUGGCCCGCAGCCGGGGCCCUGCCGGAGCCCACCCGCCGCGCCCGGCCCGCCCACUGCACCCGGGGACCCGGAGUAGGCUUGCGGCUGGGGGACAGUAGGGUGGAGAG